AUGAAUAACGAAAAACUCUUAGAGUCACAGAAAAGUUCUACAAACUAUAAACGUAACUGGAUGAUUCGUUCCAUAAUACUUGCUUCGAUAAUAUCAGUAGCAUUCAUAUAUAAUGUGUUCACUGCCAAUUUCCACUUUAACCAUCCUUGCCAUCUUGAUCAUAAUUCAGUUCCACAUUCAGUACCACAAUCAGAACAACAAUCAGUAUCAGUAGUACCACAAUCAUCAGAAAUUACCUCUGCAUUAAUUUACUCGAAUGAUGAUAAAGAUAAAAGAGCAGUGACUGAAGGAGGCUCUGUAUUUGAUGGUUCAAACGCUAAUACCAACGGUACAUCAUCAUUAAGCUCAUUCUUCUCCUUUAGUUCAUCAUCAUCAUCAUCAUCAUCAUCAACAUUAUUAUUUUCAUCAUCAAGCUCCACCUCGCUGACUGAAUUUACAUUCUCACCCUCAAGUUCCACUACUACUUCAUCUUCAUUCCCAUCUUUUUCUCCAAGUCCUUCAUCCAGUUCUUCCUAUGAACCUCCAUCUUCAUCUACAACUUCAACUCAUUCUACCUCAUCAACUUCAUCCACACAUUCAACAACAUCUGAACCACCUUCUACUACAUCUUCAUCAUCAAGCUCUUCGUUAUCUACCUCUCAUUUAACAACUACUUUUAGUUCAAGUGUUAGUGGUAGAGUUGUUAUUGUUACAAGUACAUCUGUUGUCACCAGUAGUCCAACGCCUUCUGCUUCAACAGAUAAUAGUAACAAUGGUGGUGGUGGAUUAUCUAAUACCAACAGAAUCGUUGUCGGUGUAGUUGUUGGUGUAGGGGGUUGUAUUUUAAUUGGGAUUAUAAGUUUGUUAUACUACAUCAAGAGAAAGUCAAAUAGUCAAUAUCAAGGUGGAUGGACAUUCUGGAAAAAGAAUGAAAAAGAUGAAUUAUUCAACGGUGAAUUAGGUAUUAGAGAUAGAAAUAUCAACCAAGGUUCCAACUUUUGA